AUGUCGGACAUCUCAGAAAUGAUUGAGUUCUUAUGGCGACCGCCACGAAUAAACACAGGGCCUAUAGUCAAACAUCUGGUCAAUGACAGAAAAGCCCCGGCGAACUUUCAGUAUUAUCGAAACUGGGGUUUCACGGUUUACCGUACUUUCUAUGGCCCUGGCUCGGAUACACACUGGGACACACUGAUUGACGCCAUAACUCGACAGACCUUGCUUGCACUCGGCUACCACGAAGAUGACAGAAUGUUCAAUGAGGAUAUCAAAAGAAACCGGAGAAAAUAUAAUGAUAAAAGCGAGUACCUGGAGGAUAUAGAUCGACUAAAGAAACUUUUUCGCCUCACCACCCGGGAAAAUGCAUUGUUACUCGAUGGUCUCGACAUCACCCAAAUCCAAGAAAUCUGCCGCAAAGAGCUUCCCCCGGCCAGGGAAAAUAUAGAAGUGGCCAAACAUUGCUUUGCAUUGGUUGCCGAUGAGAGGGUACUGAAAGAUGUUGCACGUGGAGUCUUUGUAAUCACGGCUGUUGAUUAUGAUGAGCAUGAGGAUCGAUUCUGUCCGGAAUGGGUUAGAAUGUCAACAGGUGACAUACUGAACCUCUGGGAGUCACUUUUUUUUGAGAGUUCUGGUUUUCGUACUAUCCACUGUGCGAUGGGAUGGGAACUAUCCAAACGCGACCUUGACACUUAUGUCUGGAAGGGACUUGAAUGCCUUGAGCCACUUGGCGAUUGUUCUGAAGCUCAGACUGCAAUACCGGGGUGGGACCCCAAGUUCACUCGAUUCAGGCCUUACGAAAUGAUCGACAUGCUAUGGCAGCCUCCCAGCACACGUCAGGGGAGGAUUAUUCGCAAAGCGAAGGUUGAUAGAACCCUUCCCGAAAACUCAAAGUAUUACGCUCAUUGGGGUUACACCAUCUAUCGCACGCACUAUAGUCUCGAGUCCGAUAAGCAAUGGGAUACGCUGCUUGACGCGCUAAAGCGGCAAACUAUGCUUGCAGUUGGCUACUAUCAAGACAUGCCGUUUGAAGAUGAGCUGAUGCAUCAACAAGCUGGUUUCCUGCCAAAAACCUGGUAUUACGAAAGCCAAGAACAAUACUCGGAUGAUAUCAAACGAAUAAAAGACUUGUUCCGUCUUGAUAUUCGUGAGGAUCCAUCACUCGACGGCUUGGGGGUCCAUGAGAUCCGCGAAAUGUGUCUUCGUGAUAGACCCGAGACACAACAAGCCAUGGCAGGGCAUCGGUUCAAAUUCGUUCUUAUUGUUGACAAAGCAGUAUUUGAAGCCAUCGAAAGAGGCGAGUUCGUCGUUAAGGCAGUCUCAUAUGACUGGGAGGACGGCUGGAAUAAUUGGGGCUGGAUGAGAAUACCAACGGGAUAUCUGCUUGCCCUUUGGCACUCGCUUAUGAGAAGGGACGGUAAAUACCAUACGGUGCUAUCUUUCGAUGGUCCAGAAGAGGACUUAGAAGAGUACAUAUGGCCUGGUGCCUGGGACACAGACCCGACAAGUGAAUGCUCCGAGAUACGAGAAUGCAUUCACUACACCAAUCAAAAGUACACAGGAAAUGAUACAUAG